GCCUUCCCCUCCCUGGCUCGGCCCCAGGGGGGGAGCCGGGUGCUUGUUUUCCUCCGCAUGGCUUCCCUCCCCACUCUUCCCUCUGCAGCUGGCGCUGGCUGGGGAAGCUGGGCAGAGGGACUGCGCCAGCCUGCCUCCCUCCCCAGGCGGCACCUGGCUUGCUGGCCUGGCAGGAGAUAGAGGCCCUCAGCCACCACCCUCGCCACCCCUGUGCCCGUCUCCUGGCCUCUAGGGAGCCUCCCCGUCAGAGCCUUCCGAGCCCUUCGCCAUGGGGGACAUGAAGACCCCGGAUUUUGACGACCUCUUGGCGGCCUUCGACAUCCCUGACAUCGACACCAGCGAGGCCAUCCAUUCGGGCCACGAAGAGGCCGAGGCUCCCGUCCGUCCCGUCCCCGUGGAGGCGGCCGCCCCCGAGCACGUCCUGCCGCACGCCGACAUCACCACCGUCAGCGUCAUCGUGAAGAACACCGUCUGCCCCGAGCAGCUGGAGCCGGCGGACGGGCGCCUGAAGGACAGCGGCGGCCACCCGGGGGCCUCCCGCUUGCUGCAAAAUGGCUUUGCGGCUCCCGAGGUCCCUCGCGCCUCCCCGGUCUCCUCAGCGGAAGCCGUGGCCCCCACCAACGGCGAGUGUUGGGCCCUGAAGGAGAAGGCCUCCAAGAGCCUGGAUCUCUUCUCCCCCUUCAGCCCCGAGCCUGACAAGGACGGGGAGGCAGACCUGAUCGACCAGCCGCGGGGAUGCAAGGCGAAGGAGCAGGGCCUUGCGGGGCCGGCCAUCCCCCCGGCGCCCCUCUUGUCCGCUGCCCCCUCCCUGGACGGCCCCGAACCUGUCGAAGAGAGCCUGGGACCCUCAACCCCUCCGGCCUUCCCUCCGGCCUUUGAAACUGGCCCUCCCGGUGGGAUGGGCCUCUCGCUGACCCCUCCUCCUUCUCUUCCUCCUCCUCCUCUUCCUCCUCCGGCUGCUCCUCCUCUUCCGGCUCCUCCUGUGAUCAAGCAGGAGGUGGACUGCGAGAUGCCUUGUCAGGGCUCCAGCCCGUUGGGGCCACCCAAGUCCGCUUCUUCCUGCUACUCCGCAGAGACGUCCCCCCGAGUCCCCUGGCCCGGCUCCGAAGCAGACCUGGGGGGAGACCUGCCCGACAUCAAGCGCCCCCUCUCCAGCCCUCGGGAGCAGCUCUUCCAGGGCUCCCCACAAAAGGGAGCCAGUCCUGGGCCCCGGGCCUCCCCAAAGCCCCCCGGCGAUGGGUCCCUGAAAGAAGAGCCGGUGGAAAAGCCACUGCAGUGCCCCCCGGCCCAUUCCAGUGGGGAGGAAGAGGAGGAGGAGGAGGAGGAGGAGGGGGACCAGAGCCCCGGUUCCCCCUCGUCCGGUUCCUCGCGGCCCCUCAAGGUGAGGAUCAAGACCAUCAAGACGUCCUCAGGGAGCAUCACCCGGACGGUGACGAGGGUCUCGUCGGAAUCCGAUCCGGGAGCCGCCAAGCUGUCCUCGGAUCAGGGGGGCCCGGAGAUCCCGGCGGCCGGGGAGGCCCUUCUCCCUGUCGUCAUCGCCCAGAAGGAAGAGGCCGCUCCGGAGAGCCCCGGCCCGAAGGCCCUGGCGGCCAGCCCGGCAAAGGCGGCGGAGGCCCCCAAGGUGGUCAGCGUGCAGCUGGGCGAUGGCACCAAGCUGAAGGGCACGGUGCUGCCCGUCUCCACCAUCCAGAACGCCAGCAGCGCCAUGCUGAUGGCGGCCAGCGUGGCCCAGCAGAAGGCGGUGGUGCUGCCCAGCAAGGCCCUGGCCAAGAGCAUCCUCAGCCUGGUGCCCCAGGCCCUCCCCAAGGCCCCCGAGGUCAGGAGCGGCGGCCCCGCCCCGCCCGCCAGCCAGAAGGUCAACGGCACCACGGUGGUGGUGAUGCAGCCGCAGAAGCCCUCCCCCCCCGUGGCCGGCACGGUCAUCUCCCGCAGCCAGUCCAGCCUGGUGGAGGCCUUCAACAAGAUCCUGAACAGCAAGAACCUGCUGCCCCCCUACAAGCCCAACCUGCUGCCCCCCGCCGAGUCCAGCCUGGCCCUCCCGCCCCUGGGCUACCGCUGCCUGGAGUGCGGGGACGCCUUCGCCCUGGAGAAGAGCCUGGCCCGGCACUACGACCGGCGCAGCCUGCGGGUGGAGGUGACCUGCAACCACUGCGCCAAGCGGCUGGUCUUCUUCAACAAGUGCAGCCUCCUCCUCCACGCCCGGGAGCACAAGGACAAGGGGCUGGUCAUGCAGUGCUCCCACCUGGUCAUGCGGCCCAUCGCCCUCGACCAGAUGAUCGGCCAGCCGGACGUGGCCCCGCUCGUCUCCCUGGCCUCCCUCAGCCAGGCCAGCAAGGCCGCCUCCCCGGCCGGCCUCGCACCGGACGUCGGGGUGGCCAACGGAGGCGCCGGACAGGACCUGCCCGUCCUGCCCCUGGGCGGAGGCGGCACUGAGCAGCUGCCGGCCACCAACUCCUGCCAGUGCCUGGAAUGCAAGGAGCAGUGCAAGGACAAGGCCGGGCUGGCCGCCCACUUCCAGCAGGCCGGAAGCAUCUCCUCCUCCACGGUGUGCAACAGCUGCCCGAUGAUCAUGGCCAACCGCUGCAGCUUCAGCGCCCACCAGCGCAUGCACAAGAGCCGGCCGCCCCACGUCUGCCCCGAGUGUGGGGGGAACUUCCUGCUGGCCAACUUCGACGCCCACCUGAAGGAGGCCUGCCUCCAUUUCUCCCGCAGGAUCGGCUACAGGUGCCCCAGCUGCUCGGUCGUCUUUGGCGGCGUCAACUCCAUCAAGUCCCACAUCCAGACGUCCCACUGCGAGGUCUUCCACAAGUGCCCCGUCUGCCCCAUGGCCUUCAAGUCGGCCCCCAGCGCCCACGGCCACAUCUACACCCAGCACCCGGGCUUCAGCAGCCAGCAGUCCAAAAUGAUCUACAAGUGUGCCAUGUGUGACACGGUCUUCACCCACAAGCCGCUGCUCUCCUCCCACUUCGACCAGCACCUGGUCAACCAGAGGGUCAGCGUCUUCAAGUGCCCCGACUGCCCUCUGCUCUUCGCCCAGAAGCGGACCAUGCUGGAGCACCUCAAGAACAGCCACCAGCAGCAGCAGAAGCCCAAGGAGGAAGCGGUCAAGAAGCCGGCCCCCGCCGCCCCCUCCGCCCCCAAGCAGAGUCCGGCUGAGGAGGAGCCCCCGCCGCCCCUCCCCAAGCCCUCCUCCUCCUCCUCUUCCUCCUCCUCCUCCUCGGAAGACGACCCCCCCAGCUCCCCCGAGCUGCGGAAGAGCAAACGGGGCCGCUUCCAGCGCAAGGGGGAGAUGGGCAGGCGGUCGCGGAGCAACGGGUGGACCUGCGGCAUCUGCCACUCCUGGUUCCCCGAGAGGGACGAGUACGUGGUGCACAUGAAGAAGGUCCACGGGAAGUGCGUGAAGAAGUUCCCCUGCCAUCUGUGCGAGCGCUCCUUCUGCUCCGCCCCCAGCCUGCGCAGGCACAUCCGGGUGAACCACGAGGGCAUCAAGAGGGUCUACCCCUGCAGGUACUGCACGGAGGGUAAACGGACCUUCAGCAGCCGCCUCAUCCUGGAGAAACACAUCCAGGUGCGGCACGGGAUCAAGGUGACCGACGCCAACCGGAGCCAGGAGGUGCUUGCCACCCGCUUGGGCUCCAGGAACUCCCAGGGGUCCAGCCGGAAACGCAAGCUCUCCUCGGACGACGGCGACUCGUGCAGCGAAGAGCCGGACAGCACCACCCCGCCCUCCAAGACCCCCAAGGGCAGCCGGCGCUCCCCCUACCACUGCCGGAAGUGCGGCUACGUGGCCCCCACGGCGGCCGACUUCCAGGAGCACAUCCCCCGUCACCGGACAGGCGAGAGCGCCCACCAGUGCCACGAGUGCGGACUCUGCUUCACCUCUCAGGUGUCCCUCAACCGCCACCGCUUCAUCACCCACAAGAAGAAGCGGGGCGAAGGGGAGGCCGGCGUCCCCCGGGGAGGCCCUGAGGAAGGCUCCCCCUCGGCCAACGAGGGCAGCCUCUCCUGCACCGUCUGCGGCAAAGGCUUCGACACCCAGCUCAACCUCAAGACUCACUUCCGAACCCACGGCAUGGCCUUCAUCAAGGCCCGACAGACCGGGGGGGCCGAGAACUAGCCGGGCCCCGGAGCCACAUCGGGGGGGAACGUGCCCCCCGUGGCUCCUUCCGUGGCUCGAGUGAUGGAGGCGCCUUACUUAUCCUCCCAGCACCGCCUUCUGCGGCCGCCUCUCGGGAGUCCCGGCCUCCCUCGGCUGGCAGCUGGGGGGCCGAGUUGGGGUUUUUCACGCCCCUCGUGGUCCAGUGGCAGGGAGGCUCAAAGCGUUAAAUCCACUCUCGCCCCAGAAGAGACCCCCACGGUAGGUCAGCCGUCUCCACGUCGGGAGGGAUGGCUGGACUUCAGCCCUCACCAUCCUGUCCCGCCUGAACGAUGACAUGAGUGUUGAAGUAUGAUGCAUGAAGAGGACACGCGUGUUUGCGGGCGACUUCCCCGUCAAAGGCAGGUUCUUCGCACUGGUUCUUCGGCCGUCACCACUCCGGUUUUCCUUUCCUGUCUGAGGUUCCCACAGAGAAGAAUUGGGGUUUCCCCUCACCCCCUGGCUUUGAUGCUUCUCCACCUUUGGGUGGUUCCCCCCCCCCCGCCCCCUUGUACUCCAGAUCAUGGCUUGAUUCCAGAAAACGAAGGAAGAUGGCUUGGCGUCUCCUGGGCUAAUGAUGACUAGCUUAAAACCAAGAAAAGCCAGUUUUUAUCUCUCUUUCCAAACCAUUCCAGGCCUCAGAAUAUGGAGGUUUGUGCUUGGCCCCCCGUUUCUUGCCCUUGGCAUGGUGCCCUCCCAGCAUUGGGGUGAGGGUCUCUGUCUCGUGGUCCCCUCUGUUCCUUCGUUGGGAGUCCAAAAUGCCUCAAGAGCCAGCUGGUGCUUAGGAGAAAAACAGGUUAGCCCUCGAUUUUACAAGCAACAAACGUGUUGCUUGUAAAAUCCAAAUUUUGCAGGGUCUGAGCGAGGCGUCUACACCUGGUCAGACGGGGGCAGGAGAAUGGGGAGGGGGGCUCUUUCCAAAUGGGCAGGGCCUCUUCAUGGGUGGGGUGGCUGCCCCUCAGUGCGGCCG